GAAUACUAGAUGCUUGUGGGAUUGUGGGAUUAGAGGAGUCUAGCCUGAGGUCUUUAGAGCUAGCUAGGUACUGCCUAGUAAAUAAAAUUCCUUGUCGUCCCUUGUCACCCAGUUUGCCAGGCUGCCCAGUGCAAAACCCAACGAGCAAUGGGCUCCAGCUUCCAUUGAGAUCCCAAGUCUCGUCCCAGCCCAUCUCCACAUCUCCACAUCUACUACGGAAGUUGAGUAUGCUAGGUACCUACUAACAUUGAACCUUACAUACCUACCUACCUGCAUAGUACAAUUUUUUUUUUUCAAUUUCUUUUUCUUCUCCCCCCUCACUCUCUCCCAGUCUCCGUUUCUAUCGUCUUCUUCCAUCGAAUCACCUCAGUUGUUAGGAUUCCAUCGACGCGGCUCUAUUGUCUGGGCUUGAAAAGUAACUUGCCACUUAUUACUCACACGCUCUUGUUGAUCUGGCCCUUCCUACGUCGCUAAACCCUUUCGCUGUCUACCAUCGAGAUGGCUAGCGAAAGCAUUGAUAGAGCUCCUCGGGAAGUAAAAAAUCAUAUACUAUUUGAAAUCGCAACCGAGGUGGCCCAUCGCGUCGGUGGUAUCUAUUCAGUUAUCAAAUCCAAGGCACCCGUGACCACUGCCGAAUAUGGCGAACGAUAUAUGCUUAUUGGCCCUCUCAACCACCAGUCCGCCGCAGUCGAGGUUGAAGAACUAGAGCCAUCUACCCCAGAACUUGCCAAGAGUAUAGAGGCCAUGAAAAAUCGGGGUAUUGGCAUACUCUAUGGACGAUGGCUUAUUGAGGGCGCCCCUCGAGUAUUGUUGAUCGACACCAAGACUGCUUACAAGUACUUAGACGAAUGGAAGGCCGAUUUGUGGAACGUAGCCAGUAUCCCGGCCCCCCCCGGCGACGAGGAGACAAACGAGGCUAUCGUAUUUGGAUACUUGGUUGCUUGGUUCCUCGGAGAGUUUGUUUCACACGAAAAGACAAAGGCUGUCAUUGCUCAUUUCCACGAGUGGCUUGCCGGCGUUGCUCUCCCGCUCACUAGGAAGCGUCGCCUGGAUGUGACCACUGUCUUUACCACGCACGCAACUCUUUUGGGCCGCUACCUCUGUGCUGGUUCCGUUGAUUUUUACAACAAUCUACAAUGGUUCGAUGUCGAUGCGGAAGCAGGGAAGCGUGGCAUUUAUCACCGGUAUUGCAUAGAGCGCGCUGCCGCUCACUCAUGUGACGUUUUCACCACCGUUUCGCAUAUUACCGCCUAUGAGAGUGAGCAUUUGUUGAAACGCAAGCCCGAUGGCGUGCUACCAAAUGGACUCAAUGUUACCAAAUUCUCUGCGAUGCAUGAGUUCCAGAAUUUGCACCAGCAGUCGAAGGAGAAGAUUCAUGACUUUGUUCGGGGUCACUUCUACGGGCACUACGAUUUCGUGCCUGAGGAUACUCUCUACUUCUUUACUGCCGGGCGGUACGAGUUUCGUAAUAAGGGUGUGGACAUGUUUAUCGAGUCUCUUGCUCGACUCAACCAUAGACUAAAAGCUGUCGGAAGCAAGACCACUGUAGUGGCAUUUGUCAUCAUGCCAGCGCAAACCACCUCAUUAACGGUGGAGGCCUUGAAAGGCCAGGCUGUCAUCAAGUCCCUCCGCGAUACUGUUGAUGUCAUCGAACGAGGCAUUGGUCGCCGCAUUUUCGAGCGCUCCUUGAAGUGGCACGAUGGGGAUCCGAUGCCUGAUCAAAAGGAGCUGAUCACCAGCGCCGACAGGGUGGUUCUGCGUCGCCGUCUCUUUGCCAUGAAAAGACACGGAUUGCCUCCUAUUGUCACACACAAUAUGAUGAAUGACCAAGAUGAUCCCAUUCUGAACCAGAUACGGCGGGUGCACCUUUUUAACCAUCCUACGGAUCGCGUCAAGGUUAUUUUCCAUCCGGAAUUCCUAAACUCGUCGAACCCUAUUCUCCCCUUGGACUAUGAUGACUUUGUGCGUGGCACAAAUCUAGGCGUUUUCGCCUCAUACUACGAACCAUGGGGUUAUACCCCUGCCGAAUGUACAGUUAUGGGUGUCCCGAGUAUCACUACUAAUCUAUCAGGAUUCGGCUGCUAUAUGGAAGAGCUAAUCGAGAACUCUGCUGACUACGGUAUCUACAUUGUGGACCGGCGUAAUAAAGGCGUCGAUGACUCGGUCAAUCAGCUCACGUCUCACAUGUUUGACUUCUGCCAAAAGAGCCGACGCCAGCGAAUAAACCAGCGAAACCGAACCGAGAGACUUAGCGAUCUUUUGGACUGGAAGAGAAUGGGUAUGGAAUACGUCAAGGCUCGACAAUUGGCUCUACGACGAGCGUAUCCGGGCUCAUUCUCGGGUGACGAGGAAGAUGAUUUUAUCCCAGGAGUCGAGCAGAAGAUUUCGCGACCGUUCUCUGUUCCGGGGUCCCCUCGCGACCGCGCAGGCAUGAUGACCCCUGGAGAUUUUGCAAGCCUACAAGAGGGGAGGGAGGGCUUGAGCACGGAAGACUAUGUGGCAUGGAAGCUGCCUGAGGAGGAAGAUCCUGAUGAGUAUCCGUUCCCGUUGACAUUGCGAACAAAAAAGACGAACUUCUCAGGGCCGGCGUCUCCUCUUGAUGGGGUCCAAAUGAAUGGCGGCCAGUAGGCAGAGGCACGAUGUGAUGACGGAUAGGUUGACGUGACGGGUGAGCUGGUGGUUAUGCAUAUACAUAUAUCCCCGUUGGUUGGAGGUGGAUUUGGUAUUGGAAUACGCAGCCAAUAGGGAAUUUGCUUUAUGUUGAUUGCAUAGCAACGCAUUGACAGGCAGUUUGUGGCAGUUUGUACCAUAUUCUUAUAUCCUUUUUUUCUAGGUAUGUAAGUUGAGUUGAGAAAAAAGGAAAAGAAAAAGAGGGAGCAAUGAAGCAUUGAAGCAUUUUACUACAUACUACUAUGUAGAUACAUAGUACAUACAUGAUUGUAGUAAGUACAUUGAUUACCUAGGGCCACGGUAUGUGUGUAGUCAAACGUUGAUGUAAUAAUUCCAGGUUACUUA